GAAAUGGAGUUAGGGGGUUUUGCAUCUAAACUCUUCAAUUGUAGACGAAAUUGUAAUUGUAAUAACAUGCAAUACUUAACAUUGAAAAUUAUCUAAAAAUGGGCUCUUUGUUAAUGGAACAGUAAUGGAACCUUCAGUAGCUAAAUAAAGUGUAUUUUGAGGCUCUUUAUUUCCUUUAUUUUGCAUGGAUUUUGUCACCUACAGCUUCAUAUCUAGACCAUAGCUAGAUGAGGAAGCUGGUAAUUGAGUUGUCGCUCUCCUCCUCCUCCUCCAGAAAUGCCCUGCACUUCUUUUCUCUUGUGCCGCUGAGGCGUCUUUUGAGAUCAUUAGCCCCCUCUCAUGUCUCUGAAGUGACACUGCAAGAAGCAAGCCACUGAGUCUGUCCUCUCUUCCUGCACUAGAGGUGGACGUCCUGGCUCCUGAAGUAACAUUAAAAACACCAGACACAUAUUUGAUCCAAGUUGAUGGGAAUAGAUGUGUUUACAUAUCCAGGUGCUGGACAGAAGAAUGUCAAUCGAUCCAUGUCCACAGACAAUAAGCCUUCGAAACAUGAGUGACUUACUAAUUGGUAAAAAUCACCUUUUGACUGCAUGGGUGUAGUAGGGGAAUGCAUGGUAUAGUGUCAGGGCUGGAAACUAAUGAGCAUUGCAAAAUGUGAAUCCUUUGCCAGCCAGUGGCAGAAUAUUUGUCCUCACAAAUAUACAAACCACUGUCAUGGUGCCAGUAUUCGGCUGUUGUGGCCUGUGUGAAUUUCCAUCUGUUACCGUUUUUGUUUUUGUUUUUGCUGAAGCCAGGAUGUCCCCCCUCUGCUCUGUCCCCUCAGACCUCAGUGCGUUGCCCGCUCUGUCUCUAUUUUGAAGUGGCGCGGUCCCUGGCUGCGGAGAUGAAAAGCGUCAGCAUUAUUCUGCUCGAGUCGGGACGAGAGCAAUUGACACAAACCGAGAGGCGCGAGUCUGAAGGGUCAGCUCUCGAAUCGUAUUAACUCUUCCAUUCAAUCUGGACUGGAGUGCUUCCUCCAACACAAUCUCCAUCGCGGCCACGUUUCCUCUUCCUCAGCCGCCACUGUGCUGUGCUGUGCUGUGCUGACUGCAGUGCGCUGUCUAAUUCAUCCACAUUACUGUUAUAGCCAGGAAGCGAGGGAAGGGAGUCAGUGGGUUCCCGCAAGACUGCUGUGUCGGCAGUCACACUGUCACAGGUAUAUGAUGGGUCCCUACCCCACCCACACACACACACACUACACACACACUACACACACACACACACACACACACACACACACACACACACACACACACACACACACACACACACACACACACACACACACACACACACACACACACACACACACUUUUAGCCUUUUCAUUUAGGGAUUCUCCUUACAGGUGACCGUUAAACGAACUCCUCUGAUGGAGGGUCAUUUUUUUUGCAGCUGAGGAAUGUAAAAAUGCGUUCUCUCUCUGUGCUGCAGCGGAGGUCCCCUUUUGUUUGCAAAGAAAGGAAGCCGGAGGGCAAUUGUCACAUGAGUGAUGUUCGCCGCUGUUGGUAUGUUCAGGUGAUGGAUGUUUUGGAUAUAGGAGUGGGAUUAGUAGUUGUGCCACAACUGUUGUCCUACUUGUGUAGUAGUAGUAGCAGGGCUACUAACCAUUUUGGCUGGUGAGGAAAAAAAGCUAAUUUGGAGCCCUGAGUAGUAUGUCGUGGCAGCUUAAAAUGAGCUGCGUGUGUUGUGUGUGUGCGUGCGUGUUUGUGCACGCCUGUGUUUUGGCAUCAUGUGUUGCCCGUAGGAAAUGAGCUCCCCAACUGCGCCUGAAUAUUCCUAUGCAGUCUACUGAAGCUGCUUUCACGGCCUAAUUUGAUUCUCUGCUGUUUCUUUUAUUUGAAGAUCACGUGGAUGAGGAGAUACAUCGGGGGCCUAUCUGGAUAAAAUAUCCAAUACCUGUUCUCUUUGAGACAGAGCCAGCACCAUCUCGCUCACACAGCAUGCAUUUCAAGUAUUCACCGUCGAUCUUAACCCAGUUUUUGAGGUUUGGUUAUGUAGUUUCGGGGUAGUGCACUGCAAAGCACUAUUGCAACCUAUUGUUGCCAUGGCUGUCAGACAUCAAAGGUUUGCAAAUGCAUAGGAUGCUUUUCCGUUGUCUUUGAAAGACCAAUUUACGAGCUGAGGUGUCCUUCAGUUUGGAUUCAUAUGCAACUCUGCAGUGCUUUGAGGUGCAGAGUGGAGCCACACUGCUAGUUGACAUUUCUAAACAGGGAGAGCAGGUAUUCAACAGCCUAAUUUUUAGUAAAGGUAGAUGUAUAAAGCACGAACAUGGUCACAAUGAUGGCAUAAUGUACUGUACAUCAAUAACCAGUAUACACCAUUUAUAUUCACUUGACUGGUUGCUGAUUUCCAUAUACUAUAUGGAAAUGUUCAUACUUUGUUUACUGCUUUGGCCUUAGUGUGUUGUGUGUGUGUUUUUUCCUUCUGUGCUGUUUCACUUUUUUCUCACAUGAUGCCUUUGGGGGCAAAACUGGUGUCUUGUGUUGCAGAUUGCUUUACUUAUGUGAAUAUCUUGGGUUAAUACCACUAGAUUUAAAAAAUCAUAUCCAUAGUUGUUAAUACGAUACAUUUCUAAGAAAUGAUGAUGCUCCACUUACAGCCCCUUUAGGCAAGAAAUUGUAUAAGACAGAGAUGAUGUGAGCAAAAAGCAAAAGUAUAAAAAUUAAAGCAUGAUGGAAUAAAAAAUAUAUAGAACUGUGCAAGGCGAGUGGAGAAAUGGUUGCCUCCCUUUCCUCCUUUCAUAUAACCCAAUGUUGUAAAAUAAUAAUAUAUACAUUUCGUAUAACCUCCUCUCAUAGUGUCAACAGAAUGUAAAGGUAUAGGAUACUAUGAGAAGAUGACAGAACUGCUUACUUUGUGCUUGACUGCUAUUGCUGACCGGUGCUGACAUUUGUGUAAGCUUUGAUCUUUGAUGCCAAGGUAAUGUGGUAGUCAAUGCGAGGCAGGCGACAUUGCCCUGCUUUGAUGCCGGAGAUCAGUCAAAAUCGUUUUCAGUACAGGUAAUGUCAGAAAGAACCGUUUCACUUGAUACAUCGCUUGAACCACGCAGUCAGCUAUAAACAUUUUUGUUAUUGUGCAAGUGUCAAGAUUUCACUUUUAUGGUAGCCUACAACAGUGCUUGUAGGUAUGCCCCCCUGCUUCAGAGCUUUCGAAGGACGGGGAGGAACGAGAAAAUCCCAACCCCCCUCAAACAUCCUGGAAAGGAUGAUAUUGUGGACUGGAGCCCGUGUGAGUGCUAUGCGAGUUCUCCUUGAUUUUGCACCCUCUUUGACGCCGUUGUAUUUGCCUCAGCGAAAUGAAAACAGAAAAAAACGAAAACAAAAUUAUUUGCUGCGCCCAAAUUACACUAAUACGCACGGAGACAAACGCUUUUGCAUGAUGGGGAAUGCUCACUGAAAGCCAUUGCCCAUUGUCUGAAUCGCGUGGCUGAAUUGUCCACUUUAGAUAAUAAAAACUCUACUUUCUUGAAACGGUUCUGUGCGUGUUGCAAAAGGCAAAAUCAUGAGGCGCAUCAACGUUAUGUGGAGGCUGACCACAAUGCGUAAAAAGCUGCCUAUGAUGCAAGCGGCAUGAAAUGUUGUGCCCCGGUCCUGCUCCGUGAGUGGAAUUCCACUCCGUGUUUUACGCCACCUCAUUUCCCCUGCCCUAUGGUCGUGUAUACACAGCGCGACGAGUGGAUCAGUCGCGGUGGCGGUGGGAGGCUAUGGACCCGUGUUUUCUCCCCUCUCUCUUCCCCCUUUCUCGGUGACGGAGCCAUUGUUCGGAAAACCUUGAAGCGCGGUUCUGGUCGUGCGCCCGUGUAUUUAGAAUCACAAUUGGGCACACGGCAGAGAAAAGAAAAGAAGUUAAUCAGCUCCAGCGCGAGUAAGCUGCAAACAUGACUGGAUGCUUGGGCACAAUAGCGGAGAGGAGCACACACGCUUGGCUGGAGACGGUGCAAUAAUAUUUCUCUUUCUCGAACGGCAAGGAGGGAAUUAAUUCUGAACGGGACGUCCUCCCCUACCGAACGGACAGUUCGCCAAUCAACACGGAUGUUUGUACUCUUUACUUUAUACCGAAGACUUUGUGAUGGGACUCAACGAUGUAAACAUUGAAAAGAUUUCGAUUGAUCCACGCAAGUCAACCCUAAUUAUUGCAGAUGCAAAUGGUUUGGACUGAUUAUGAAUAGAAUGAACAGAAACAGCUUUGCACUUGGCGUAUUUGCACAUUAAGGGAUUAGAAAAGUAUUUAUUUAACUUUUUUAUUAUUUGGUGUCAGUAAAUUGCUAUGUCUAUUCCUAUGGAUACACUGUCAACUAAACGGUGAACACAUGCCCUGUAUAAACACAGCGCGACUUGUUUACAUAUUAAUUUCACGAGCGUGGGACAAGAAUGCACCUAUUGGAUGGUAACUAUACCGACAGGAUGGAGCGGGGAACACCACAGAGGAAAACUGUCUACCGGAUCUCUCUCACGUUGGUGAAAAAAGAAAGCGUGAGCGACGGCACGGCGAAUGGCGAGGGAGGCUCUGCGCACCGGCGUCUAGAAAACCCCAAAGUGGGGGCUUACCGGCGCGAGGGCUCUGUGGAGGUGCAGAGGAGCUGCUUCCUCGAGGAGCUGAAAGAGGUGGAGGACGAGAGCGACGAUUUUACUUCACACUGCCACAUGCGCAACUUCAGGACGUUCAGCACGGGCCAGCUCGAGAUUGGGAGGCUAAAAAUAUCUCGGAAAGCGCAGCACUUGAACCAGGACCGCUCGCAGGACGUAUGUGAAACGGAAACAGGGACUUCGGCUGCAGCGGCCGCAGCAGCAAACAAACUGAAGCAAGGGGCCCCUGCUGAGGGAGCUGUCCACUGUAGGAACGGGCAGGGUCAACACAGGGAAACACAGGAAAUGGUGGGAUCGGACAGGCUCAAUGGAGGCUCCCCCCGCACCCCAACUGCUGCAGAACCCACCAAACCCACCACAACCACUGCUGCUGCUGCCUAUGCCUCUCUAAACGGUGGCAAUGCAAUAGCCCGAAAACGGGGAAAUCUCAAAACCUCCCGCAGCACAGAGGAGCGGUGCUACACUCCCCCACGUGAGCCUAAGCGAGAGGAGAACUCCUCGCACUUGGCAAAGGACUCGCCAUCCUCCUCCUCCUCCUCAAGUGGCAAAUCCCCAGAUGAAGGUAAAGGUAAGCACAGCGGGUCCUCCAAGCAGCAGCAGCAGCAGCAGCCGUCAGCGCCCCACACCCCGCAGGCCAAACGCCACCCCAGCCUGCUGCGCCGCAGCUUCAGCUUCCGCCACUGGACCGGCGGCGAGCUGCUCCGCAUCCGGGCCCUGUCCAAGGAGAAGCACCACAGCAGCUCCGGCUGCAUCGGGCGCGGAGACGAGUCGGCCAAAACGCCCUCCUCUUCCUCGGCUUCGUCCUCGUCGUCGGCCGUCGUCCUCCAGAACCCGGCCUUCCACGAAGACAGCGGCCACGAGUCCGAGUCGACCGACAAGAGCAACCUGGAGCCCCUGGACAUGGACGACAUCCUCAACCAGAAGGACCCGAGGGGCGGGCUGAGCCGCCGCGAGCGGGCCAAGGGCAAGAACCGCACGCUGGACAACAGCGACCUGCUGCGUCUGUCGGACCGGCCGCUGGGGGAGAAGGAGGGCUUCCUGCGGGGCACGGCGGGGGGCCACGGCGGGGGCGCGAGGGGCGGCCAGGAGAGGCGCCUCAUCCGCUUCUUCAGCGGCAUCUUCUCCAGGCGGGACUGCGGCCUGGCCACCUCCACGCCCCUCAGCAGCCCCAGCAACCGCGGCCUGCGGAAGAGCAAGCGCUCCGGCCUGGGCGUCUCGCAGUCCAGCAGCGAGAGCGUCAACGGCUCCAGACACGAGGAUGCGUUCGUCAACAGCCAGGAAUGGACCCUGAGUCGGGCAGUACCAGAACUGAAAGUGGGCAUCGUGGGUAAUCUGGCCAGUGGGAAGUCAGCUCUCGUGCACAGGUACCUGACGGGAACGUACGUACAAGAGGAGUCGCCAGAAGGUGGCCGAUUCAAGAAGGAGAUAGUGGUGGACGGCCAGAGCUACCUACUGCUCAUCAGAGAUGAAGGAGGCCCCCCUGAGGCUCAGUUUGCUCUGUGGGUGGAUGCGGUCAUCUUCGUGUUCAGCCUGGAGGAUGAGAUCAGCUUCCAGACGGUCUACCACUACUACAGCCGCAUGGCCAACUACAGGAACACAGCAGAGGUGCCAUUGGUGCUGGUUGGCACACAAGACGCCAUCAGCUCUGCUAACCCUCGCGUGAUUGAGGACACUCGGGCGCGAAAGCUGUCCAAUGACCUGAAGCGCUGCACGUACUAUGAGACCUGCGCCACAUACGGCCUCAACGUCGAGCGGGUCUUCCAGGACGUGGCUCAGAAAAUCGUGGCGACUCGCAAGAAGCAGCAGCUGUCCAUCGGUCCCUGCAAAUCCCUCCCCAACUCCCCCAGCCACUCCUCGGUCUGCUCCCAGCCCGUCUCCGCUGUACACAUCAACCAGACGAGUAAUGGCGGGGGCAGCCUGAGCGACUACUCCUCCUCGGUGCCCUCCACCCCCUCCACCAGCCAGAAGGAGCUGCGCAUUGACGUGCCCCAGAGCGCCAACACCCCCACGCCCGUACGCAAGCAGUCCAAACGCCGCUCCAACCUCUUCACCUCUCGGAAGGGGAGUGAACCGGAUAAGGAGAAGAAAGGCCUCGAGAACCGGGCCGACAGCAUUGGGAGCGGUCGUGCCAUCCCAAUCAAACAGGGCAUGCUGCUGAAGCGGAGUGGCAAGUCUCUGAAUAAGGAAUGGAAGAAGAAGUACGUGACACUGUGUGACAACGGACUGCUGACCUACCAUCCCAGCCUGCACGACUACAUGCAGAAUGUGCACGGUAAGGAGAUCGACCUGCUGCGGACCACAGUGAAGGUGCCUGGUAAGAGGCCGCCCAGAGCCGUGUCCACCUGCGCGGCCGUGCCCAGCCCCAAGACCAACGGCCUGGCCAAGGACAUGAGCAACAUGCAGCUGGCACAGGGACAGGGCCAGGGCCAGGGAUCAGUGAGCAGCAGCUCCUCUGCCUCCCAGAUGGCCAGUGGCAUCAGUCUGGUCUCCUUCAACAGCCGGCCGGACGGCAUGCACCAGCGCUCCUACUCCGUGUCCAGCGCCGACCAGUGGAGCGAAGCCACAGUCAUCGCCAACUCCGGCAUCAGCACAGACACGGGGCUGGGCGACUCGGUGUGCUCCAGUCCCAGCAUCUCCAGCAGCACGAGUCCCAAGAUGGACCCGCCGCCGUCGCCGCACGCCAACCGCAAGAAGCACCGCCGGAAGAAGAGCACCAGCAACUUCAAGGCCGACGGCCUCUCUGGUACUGCUGAAGAGCAAGAAGAGAACUUUGAGUUCAUCAUCGUGUCCUUGACGGGACAAACGUGGCACUUUGAGGCGACCUCUUAUGAGGAGAGGGACGCGUGGGUGCAGGCCAUCGAGAGCCAGAUCCUGGCCAGCCUGCAGUCCUGCGAGAGCAGCAAGAACAAGUCUCGUCUAACUAGCCAGACUGAAGCCUUAGCUCUCCAGUCGAUCAGGAACCUGAGGGGCAACUCCCGCUGCGUGGACUGUGAAGCCCAAAACCCCGACUGGGCCAGUCUGAACCUGGGUGCUCUGAUCUGCAUCGAGUGUUCGGGUAUCCACCGCAACCUGGGGACGCACCUGUCGCGCGUGCGCUCGCUAGACCUGGACGAGUGGCCUCUGGAGCUCAUCCGGGUGAUGUCGGCCAUCGGCAACGAGCUGGCCAACAGCGUAUGGGAGGGCAACGCACAGGGGCGCCUCAAGCCCGCACCCGACGCCAGCAGGGAGGAGCGUGAGCGCUGGAUCCGGGCCAAGUACGAGCAGAAGCUGUUUGUGGCGUCGCUGGGCUGCACGGAGAUGCCGCUGGGCCAGCAGCUGCUGCGGUGUGCGGCCGAGGAGGACCUGCGCUCCGUGGUGCUGCUGCUGGCGCACGGCUCCCGCGACGAGGUCAACGAGACCUGCGGGGAGGGCGACGGACGCACAGCCCUGCACCUGGCCUGCCGCAAGGGCAACGCCGUCAUCACGCAGCUCCUCAUAUGGUACGGUGUGGACGUGAUGGCGCGCGACGCCCACGGCAACACGGCGCUGGCGUACGCACGGCAGGCCGGCAGCCAGGAGUGCGUGGACACGCUGCUUCAGCACGGCUGCCCGGACGAGCGCUACCCGCUCAUGGCCACGCCCAACCUCUCGCGCCGCAACAACAACCGCAACAACAGCUGCAGCAGCACCGGCAGCGCCACCGCCAUCAUCUGAUCUGAUCCGCUCUAGUCUCGUCCAAUCAAGUCGGGUCGGGACCCUUUGCCACUACUCAAACCCACCAAUCACACACCACACCACAGCAACAGCUGCAGCAGCUGCACCGUCAUCUGAUACGAUCUGAUCCCAUUUCAACCAAACAAUCGUGAACCAAUCGCGUACCAACCAACCAAUCGCGUACAUUUGCCACUACUCGAUCCACCAAUCACGUACCUUACCUUGUCCCCAAAUGAUCUCGUCCCGCCCCAUCUUUCCCCCGCUGUCUACCAAUGAGGUGGACUUGCCUAUCCACAUUUUAUCAAUCAGGUGGGACCUGCCUCCGACUAUCCACCAAUCAGGUGAACCUGCCUACCCCCCUACUGACCAAUCACGACACCCACCCACCCAACCAACCAGCCAGCCAGCCAACCAACAACCCGCCUGCCUUCUUGCCACUCUCCUGCCAUGACCACCACUACUACAACUUAUUACUACGACUCCCUUCAAAGCUGCCAGCUACACACAGACACCGCAUGUACAGAGUAACACAAGAUGAGACGCACGUCUCGUCACGUCACGUCACACCAAACACUCGACUGAAAGAAGACGAGGACAUCGACACACUUAAUCGCAUAUAACGGCCAUGACGAACACUAUCACAAGAACCACUACAGUAGUAAACGUCUUGCACUUGAGACACUAACCUCUCUAUUCCACACCACCACCACCGACUAACACUAUAAACUUUAGCAUGAAGCUCUGCAGGAGCUUUGGCAAGCGUAAAUAGAUGCGGCAACGACGACAACUACAGCAACAACCCAGAUCUGUACCCUCGUAUCACUCAUAAGUCUUACGGGAGCGACACCCCACCCCCACCCCCUGUUGACCUUUGACCCCUAGACCACCAUCUGAACCCCGAAACCCCACGAGCACGAGGCAGCACGCAAUGACUCCUGGCAUGCAAGAGGAAGCAGCUACAGUACGUACUGACCUGAGAUGGCUUUAGCUCUAGUGAGGAGGGGGUGCCAAAGCCAGGCUGUUCCCUCUAUUGCCAUACCUUCUACCACCCUGUCCUAUGCUGUCUCUUUCUUUCUCCUCACCCUUCUCUCUCUCGCUCUCUCGCUCUCUCUCUCUCUCGCUCGCUCUCUCUCCAUCUGCCAGCAUUGGUGGUGUGGUGGACCCUGAUGCCGAUCUCCUCAACCUCUUCUCAGUGAUAGCUCCUUUGAUUUCUGAUGGAUCCUGAAUGACUGUGUCAAAGACGCAAGCAAGCCCCCCUGAAUGAACGAUGGAAGAAAAAAUGGUGGUGACUGUUGUAUGUUUUUGUUUCAAGAUGGACACAGUAGGUUGUUAGAAGAAUGAUUAUGAUAGUGAAGGGUGUUAUUUUUUUUUUAUGACUCUGGGGUCCUUUGGAGAACGUAUCUGAUGGGGGUUGUCCUCCUACCCACGAACACACACACACACACACACGCGCAACACACAUCUAUAUAUACACUAUUUUUGUGGGAAUGCACAUGAAGACAGCACUAAGUCAGAAAAACCCUCUUUUGUUUACUUUUUCUUCCUUCACUACUCAACUUGGUCCAUUUGCGCCCAGGGUGCCCAGAUUUCGCUUUAAGAUCUUAUCCUGUUUUUUUGUUUGUUUGUUUGUUUGGGUUUUUUUCUCUUUCUUUAUUUAAAAAAAAAAUGUGAAGAAAAUAUCUUGAUGUAAAGAAAUUUUAGGGAAAACGGAGGGAGGGGAAUCCAACAUUUUGGUAGACAUUUGAUGUCAUAUAGCAUGGGAUUUAGACACAUUUAGUAUUUUGUUUUGUUUUUUGUUUUUUUUUGUUUUUUUAAAUGAAAUCAUCGCGAGUACUAGUGUGUAUAUCUCCCGUAGUGCAUUGCUGGACCAAUGGAUCAGUACUAGAGAGACAUGACGUGCGAGUUGUUUAUUUUGUUGCCAUGUGUAGACUUGUGUAUAGCCCCUUAAUCUUUGGUGACCACUUCAGGAAGUGCUCAAGCCCUCCAAACGACCCCGCCACCCUCAAUCCCUCGUUGCUACGAUACGAGGAACGGUGUCCCUCUUCUUCCACAACCCCACCCCCAAUCCCCUAAACUACAGUCAAAAGGGAACUCUUGCAUUUGUCGAUGUUUUACUAUUGAGCUGCCUGCACUGGCUUUAUGUUUGUUUUUCUAUUUUUUGUUUUUUUGUUUGUUUUAAAUCAUGAUGCGGGGACUUGUUUGUGAGCUAUAACACUAUCGUAGCCAUUAGCAUUUCUGAACGGACGGCUAACACGGAGGAGACAAGGUAGCAACUUCAGAGGAGGAGAUCUCACACACACA